AUGUUGCUUAUCACUGCAGUGCCCUUUGGUCACUCCUCUGUCACUGCUGUCACAAUGAAGCAGCAGCCACCUUAUAAUGGUCACUUAACUGGACAGCACUUAAAGUGCCUUCACAAAGCUCCUAUUCUCUACCUAUCCCCCUUACAAAUUUAUGCUUACCUCAGUGCUGCAUCUAAGGACAUGAAGAGGGCACAACAUCUAGGCAACUACACCGGACACCGCGCUGCCGUCAAGUUCAAUUCUGGUGCACAGCUCUUAUUAUCUUCGGUUACAUUUGCCAUUGUCACCUGUGCAGCGCUCCACAAGUCCCCUCUGGAGUUGUCAAAGGCCGUGCACAUGGCGGAAAAAUCCUGCCGUCAGUACGGAAAUGGGGAUCAAAACGAAUGA